UCUCCACUAUACCUACACAACUCAGCAUGUGUUCUUUUACACUACCUGUAUCAUGAGUCUUGAUGUUGUGUGUUCCAUGAAGGCGAUUUUAGUCCCAGUUUGAAAUUGUGUUUGUGUGUGUGUGUUUUUUUUGUAAAUAUACUAUAGUGUUUUGUGCUUAUUCUACGUCAAUACGCCCACCCUCCAGCCCAGCAGCAUGAGCCCCCGAGCCACGCCCACGUGGGUGGGGCCUCCUCACCACCACACGCUCGUCUUCCUGGCCUCCGUCGGCGCCUCCUUCGUGUGGUUCGUCCCGUCGGAGCUGUCUUCCCUCAAGGCGAUGUUCUUCAAGUGUCUCCCUGUCGUCAUUUUGAUUGACAUGCUGAGAGGAGGGGGAGGAGGAGGAGGAGGGGGAGGAGAGGAGAGGGGGAGGAGAGGAGGAGGAGGAUUAGGAGGAUUAGGAGGAGGAGGAGGCGGCGAGGAUGCGGUGGUGUUCCAGGCUCUCGUCCUCUCGCUGCUGGGGGAUGCCCUGCUGGUAUGGCCCAAGUACUUCCUCCCGGGGACGCUGGCCUUCGGCGUGGCCCACUGCCUCUACAUCUACGCCUGGGGCCUCCGGCAGGUCAGCCUCGUCACGGGCGCCUCCAUCUACCUCUCCGUCGCCGUCUGCCUGGCCUGUCUGCUGCCCAAGGCCCCCGCCCACCUCCGGGCUGCUGUCACCGUCUACAGCUUCGUGUUGGUGACUAUGCUGUGGGCGGCGGUGAAUAG